AUGAAUGAUGACCGAAAAAAUGCAAGCUGGGAAGGCUACUUUGUUCUACUGGGUUUUUCUAAAUGGCCUCACCUGGAGGUAGUCCUCUUUGUCGUCAUCUCCAUGUUCUACGUGAUGACCCUGAUAGGCAACCUGUUCAUCAUCACCUUGUCAUACCUGGACUCCCAUCUCCACACUCCCAUGUACUUCUUCCUCUCCAACCUCUCUCUUCUGGAUCUCUGCUACACCACCAGCUCUAUCCCUCAGUUGCUGGUCAAUCUCUGGGGUCCAGAGAAGACCAUCUCUUAUGCUGGCUGCAUGACUCAACUUUACUUUGUCCUUGCACUGGGGAGCUCCGAGUGUGUGCUGCUGGUCGUGAUGUCCUAUGACCGUUAUGCGGCUGUGUGUCGGCCCUUGCACUACACUGUCCUCAUGCACCCACGUUUCUGCCAGUGGUUGGCUGUGGCUUCCUGGGUUAGUGGCUUUGCUGCCUCAGCACUUCAUUCGUCCUUUACCUUCUGGGUCCCUCUGUGUGGACACCAUGAAGUGGAUCAUUUCUUCUGUGAAAUUCCAGCCCUGUUGCGACUGUCAUGUGUUGAUACCCGUGCGAAUGAACUGACUCUCAUGGUCAUGAGCUCCAUUUUUGUGAUUAUACCCCUUAUUCUUAUCCUCAGCUCCUAUGGUGCCAUUGCCCGGGCUGUGCUGAGGAUGCAGUCGACAAGCGGCCUUCAGAAGGUCUUUGGGACCUGUGGAGCAUACCUGAUGGUUGUGUCUCUCUUUUUCAUUCCAGUUAUGUGCAUAUAUCUCCAGCCACCAUCAGAAAAGUCUCAAGAUCAAGGCAAGUUCAUUGCCCUCUUUUAUACUGUUGUCACACCCAGCCUCAACCCUCUCAUCUACACCCUCAGAAACAAAGAUGUUAGAGGGGCCAUAAAGAGACUAAUGGGCAGGGAGAGGGAGAUGUGA